AUGUUUGAAUGUCUUCGUGGGGACGGAGUCGUAUGCACCGGCAGAGAAUUAGAUCGUUGCGUGUGCUACUCGCGUCCUCAGCCUGCGACGACUGAACUUCUCGUGGAGUAUGUUGUUGAAAAGGUUUCUGAGUCUCUCGAGAGCCGUUCAAACACGUUCGAAUCAGAGGCACUUCUUCGAAGAGGACGUGCGAUCCAGAAUCCUUUGUCAGCAAUUGGAAGUCAUGGAGCGGAGACGCUGGAACAACACAACGAUGAAACACGUUCGUCCACUCACAAGCAACGAGACGGGAUAUCCCAUGAUGAGGAUGACACAGCGCAGGAGGGAUCCUAUGCGGGAAUGCUUGCGUUCCUGCCGUUAAGACUGCGUAUCAGCUCCGGCCCUACACGUGAUGUCGAGCUUGACGAACGCCGCCUCUCGCAGGAGUCAGACGACGCACAACGUGACUCACAGAGCGAAGGGAGGACAGGAUGUCCUGGCCCGCGGAUCUACCCUUUCAUUGGCCUUAAUUUUGAAGCAAACACCGGAGACACAGAUCAUCGUCUCUCAACGUUCCAGCAACGCCCUUUCACCUUCAAGAGAACGGUCUCCGGACCACAAGGAAAGAUCACGAAGUUGCCGCCUUUUGAGAUCGGCGGCAGUCAAGCUGAAAAACUGGCCGCAUUUAUUCAAGCUAAAGGCGCCCUCCAGAGCCAAACGCUGAUUCCACUCGAGUGCCUCUCCCGAGGGCUUUGGAUGCGAGUCGCUGCAAUACGAGUGUCAACCAGUGUGGCUACCUAUUCGCCCGCGGAAAGGAGAGGUCUCGGUGUCAACUCAGACACUCUCCAUUGGCUCGUCAAGCAUCACGUUGAGUUCCUUCACAUGUCCGCCGACCCUAUAUGGAUUGAUGUUAUACAGUCGGUUCCGUCGCGCCCCUUGAGCCAUGAAGGCAGUGAGGGCCCUAGGGGAGUGAGGAUGAGACAUGAGUCAGCUGUGCAAGUUUCCGUGGAGGCUCAUUCUUGCGAGUCUCAGCCGCCUGGCAGCUUCCCGCAGCAGUCCAAGAAUGGGCAUGGCGUGCACAUACCCUUAAUGAAAGCAUCCGCAGUUGACAAGCGCGGACUGUGGCAUUUCCCGAUGCACAACGUCAGUAACGCCGAGUCGGCCGUGCGCGCGGCGGCUCUCUCGCCGAGGAAGAGGGCGGCGUGGCGACGCUGUCCAACGAAAGGCAAGCGCGCGUCCGGGAAUCCACGCCUUCUCAACCUGUUGAAGGCAGGUGGAUCCCUUGAUCAGUUGGGGCAAGAGGAAGCGCAGGCUUUUAUCGAAGCGUAUAUUGAAGAUGCAGAUGUGAGCCGGGCCAGGACGUCUUCCAAUCCGGUCGAUCUUUUGAAUAGAUCAGCCUCCUGUUUUAGCGCGCCAAAUAUUGGAUCGCUUGCGUCUCCCUUUUCGACGCCAGUACAGCCGCAACGCCCAGCCACACAUGAAGACUCCACACGAUCGGAGAGCGGGACGGAUGCUCGGCCGGACCCUCUGCUUGGAUUAAGCGCAGCGAGCUGUGCCGAGACAAUAGCCGCUCGGCCUGCAAGUCGGCGGCUUUGUCAGCGACUCACCGCAGGGUUACCCCCUCUCCACGCAAGACGACCUACACAAGCCCGGGCAAGCAGGGAAUUGGUUCACGGCUCAACGCUCCUGACCUGGGACGGCCGGUGGAGCUAUGGACUCGCGUAUCUUGGCCGCGAUGAUCUGCUUCCCGCGGUAGUCCUUCGCACGACGAUGCUGGUGCCGCGUGCCACGUCCGUUCAAAAGAAGUUCCCUCGAGAGACACUUCUGGUGCUGCAGAUGAUCCUCCGAAAAGAUGCCCUGCCACAGUGGAUCGAGAGAGCAAUGAGCAGAUCGAGCGAUGGCACCCCUACGUCUGGUGCAGCUGCCUCGUCUAAUAGAACCGAUUAUAGAAGGGCUUCUGCCAGCAUUGAAGGCGUUUCAGUUGAUGCUGAGCCGGCGCUUGCAGAUUCACCCGUCGACGGGAGGGAAAACGAACAAGGUCUCCUAGUUUUCCAGACACCUUCGCUCAAGACGCUGUCUCCGGGCCAGUACAUCGUAGGCUGGAGACUCCUUCAGAGAGCUUCAGAUGCGUUUCAUGAGUCUCUCAGCACGAGCGAGACAGCGCACGGCGUUUCUAAGAGGCAGGGGCUCAGAGAUGCUGUACAGACGGGAGCGGAGCAACGCGGAAUCAUAAAUCACGUCUCUCGACAGCAGUCAAGAGAAAACCAGUCCAGGAUUCAUGCACAGUCCUCAGCCAAUGAGUCUCUCAGUCCCCGCCAAGGACGUUCUCCGUUCUCUGAAAGUGACGAUUCUUCUGUCCAGUCGCUUUUGGAAGGCCAUCAGCCGUCUUAUCGUAAUUCGUCCGACGAUAUUGCUAAAGAAAAUACAGGACAUGGUAGUGUUCGGCGUCACUCACCAAUGGAUGACAGCCAGACAGGCGAGCCACAAAGGGCUGGCGCACACCGAGUCGCGACAGCUGGCGCGCAUGACAACCCCCGAAGUGACAUACAGGCAGCGCGUGGGCACUGGGAGUUCUUGUGCUUGUGUCCGGAGGGCUUUAUGGGCGACCGCUGCGAAGCGAAGACGCUUCCGGACUACGCAUCCUCUCUUGUCAUGAUUUCCAACGUGGCAAUGGUGCCCGCGAUUGCAUGGGCUGCACAGAUUGGUGAUAUCGUGGCUUGCUUCGUGUUCUUGUUCACCGCUGUCGUCUCCCUUUUUUACCACGUCUGCUUUAGCGAGCUCUGGUGCAUUCUCCCACCACACAGCUUAUACCUUUUCGAUCACCUGGGCAGCGUGGCAAGCUUCAUGUGCGUGGCGGUCACGCUGAUGCAGUUCUCUAUCUGCACGCACAGAAUGAACCCCCAUCGCGCCAAGGGCAGAAAGGGAGACAACUACCAGCGGUCUCCGCAGUCCAGGGAAGCCCUCCAUGGCCGCGAGCAGCCAUCUGAGUGCUUCGUCGCCUCACGUUAG